CUUGUGGCUUGUUGACCACGGUGACCGUCGUCGCCAUCGCGCCUCUCGUUGCUCUCGUUUGUACUCUUCUCUACCAAGGAUACCGAUGUCGAAUUCUCGACACAGAUACACCCAACAAGAGGACGAGCACCUUGUCGAAUACUUGGCGACUCAAGCUAUCGGCUUCCAGGCUACGAGAGGCAACCAGCUCUACAUGAAACUGGUGGAUGACGUGCAAAAAUGGCCAUGGGCAAAAUCACGUAGCUGGCAGUCUUGGAGAGACAGAUACGUCAAGAAUCAGGAUACUUUCAAUAUAUCUAUCAAGCGUUAUCGGAAGAAGAUGGCAGUGGGCAAGGAAUUUGCAGUGAUCAACCUUGGAAAGAGGGAGCACGAGUCCGACAAGGAUGUCGCGGUGAAGAGACCGAAGUUCACGGAUAGUCGCGAUGAGGCACAGGAAGACAACGACCGGACGAAGGAUAAGGCUAGAUCAGAAGCGUUGCCGUCAACUAAGCAAGCAGUCACGGUCAGGCCGUUGCAUUCAGAGGAUAGUGGGAGCGGUCGCAGAGAGCCGACUACCGUUCAGAAGGAGGUGUCGAAGGCGAAAGAUUCCACAAGCAAGAUGCCUGUGUCGUUGUUCACUCAAGAGUCUGAUGAGGAGUCUGACAGCCAAGAAACGCCAGGUCCAGACGAUUACGGCGGCGAAAUAUUCGGGGAUGAUGUGCAGGAGCAGGUCAUUGAACAGGCCAUGGAUACGGAGCUGGGCAUCAAUUCUGAUCACGAUCCAGCGGAUGUGAACGAGGUCGCAGAGUUACUCACGCCUUCGCAAUCCAAAAUUUCGCAUAAAAUACUUCCGUCUCCUCGCCUUAUCUACCCCGAUAUAUCCCAGCUGCCCUCUCCUCAUUUACGUACCAAGGAGGACCCUCCCCCUGCCGCAUCCAACUCCGAUUCCAAAUCCAUGACGAAGCAAGAUCAUCUUCCGCGUCCUCUCAACCGACCCCUUCGCAAACGUCAUCCUAGCUCAGAUUCGGGGUUCUUUGAGUCACCUGUGUCGUCUUCUCGCGCUCCCUCUCCACAGCGAGUACGCCAGCUCCCUUGUCUCACAGAAGGUCCAUUUGGUGGCCAUCGACUCGCCAGUGGCAGAAAACGUGGAGGAUCGAGUUCUGAUUCUGAUUCUGAGCCUAAAGAGACUUGGCCCCCGGUGAGGGGCAAGGCGAAGAGGAGACUGACUGCUUUGGAGAAGGGAAAGGGGAAAACGACGGAAGAAGCAGUGACCUCGGAAGCCGUACCAUUUAGUUCGCCAUUUUUGAACCAACGGCCUUCAUCUCGACAUGCUAUCGAUAGGUAUAAUUCAGUGGACAAAUUGUCGUCCUCGCUUCCGCCCUUCCCUGAGCGACUACAGCACGUUCUCCCUUCUAUUCCACGUAAUGUUGGAUCUUCUAACCCGCGUCCGCGGUCCCUAGUAGCUCCUUCCGACGAUGGCGAUGAAGAAACAAUGUCUAAACUCUUGAGUGAUGGCAAUCCCUUUGUUGUCCCUCCGGCGCCGGAAAAGCCUGUCCCCUUCCUUGAUCUAUGCUCUAUAACGAAGAAACCACCCCAGCGACGAUAUACCCUCGCUGCACCUGCACCUCCUCGAAUUGAUCUACGGAAGGAGGCAUUCAAGCGGGCGUCGCGAAAGUCGUUGCCGGGAACAUCAAUUUCAGCGCCUGUCCUUAUCAAGGACUCGAUGACUGAACUUGGAAGAUCACUGAUGCGUAGCUGGACGAGACGAUUCGGAUUACCUGAAGAUCGCGUGAGGAAAGUGUGGGAAGAGGAGCUGUCGAUAGAGAACACGGAGAAGCGGUUGCAGCACGUCAAACACGAGCAUGAGAAAAGUCUGACGCCUACGAAGAGGGUCAAGAAAAAGUCUGCGCCGAGGAUGGAUAUCGACGUGCUGCCUGACAAUGAGGAUAUCAAUGGAUACGAGCCGCCGUAUUUGUCCAGGGCGCGCAGGUUUGCGAAACUGUCCAAGCAAGGGAGGGUAAAGGAGGCAUUGGACCGGGAUCGAUGGUUAGCGAGUGAGGGUCGUGUGAAGAGCAAGAGUCCUUUGAAGAAGGUGUCGCCGUUAUGGGGCAAGACAGAGGAUGAACUCCUGCUCAACGUGAAUACCCACAAUGCGAACUCGCUGCGGGAGCUUGAGAAAAAGGUUGGGUAUGCUUUUAUGCUGGAGAAGGUUCGUGAUGUUGCUUUGUUGAAUCUGGCGUGAACAUUGUGUUAUGUAUCUGGAUUGUGGUUUCAUUAUUGGGCUGAAUGGAUGAAUCUGCAAAGUUCGCUGGUGACUAUUUGAGGUUCUAUCGGAUGGCGGUUAGUUUUUCUACCUGUUAUUCGGCAAUUCAUGCACGUUCGAUGUUAGCACCAUUUCUCCUGCAAUACAGAUGCACGAUUAUUUUUGUUC